AGAAACGGGCUUGGCGCUGCGCAACGGCGAUUGCUCGGAUAUCGUUCAUUGGCAGUUCUGGGUGCAAAUCCAGAGAGAGAUUGGCGAAGAAGGAAAGGAGUAAAAAGCCUAAACAAUUACAAUUAAACAACAGGGGAUAGAGAAAGAUGGCGACAAAAGUUGGCAAAGACGGCAAGAAGCCGACGACGGCGGCAACCAACCUUAUCGCGGGUGGAGGUGCUGGCAUGAUGGAGGCGCUGGUGUGCCAUCCCCUUGAUACCAUCAAGGUGCGGAUGCAACUCUCGCGGCGCGGGCGGCAACCGGGCAUGCCCAAGCGCGGCUUCAUCAGGACCGGCGUCGAGAUCGUACGCAAGGAGACGCCGCUCGGCCUGUACAAGGGCCUGGGUGCCGUGUUGACGGGCAUCAUCCCCAAGAUGGCGAUCCGGUUCACCUCGUUCGAGUGGUACAAGCAGCUGCUCGCCAACAAGCAGACGGGCGUCCUCUCGGGCCAGAGCCUGUUCUUCGCCGGCCUGGCCGCGGGCGUCACGGAGGCCGUCGCCGUGGUGACGCCGAUGGAGGUGGUCAAGAUCCGCCUGCAGGCGCAGCACCACAGCAUGGCGGACCCGCUCGACGUGCCCAAGUACCGCAACGCGGCGCACGCGCUCUACACCAUCGUCAAGGAGGAGGGCGUGGGCGCGCUGUACCGCGGCGUGUCGCUGACGGCGCUGCGGCAGGGCAGCAACCAGGCCGUCAACUUCACCGCCUACACCUACUUCAAGGAGUGGCUCUACCAGUGGCAGCCCGAGUACAAGGGCGGCAACCUGCCCAGCUACCAGACCACCCUGAUCGGCCUCGUCUCGGGCGCCAUGGGCCCGCUGAGCAACGCGCCCAUCGACACCAUCAAGACGCGCCUGCAGAAGAUGAAGGCCGAGGAGGGCACCACGGCGCUGCAGCGUAUCACCAAGAUUGCGGGCGACAUGUUCCGACAAGAAGGUCUCCACGCCUUUUACAAGGGUAUCACGCCGCGGAUCAUGCGUGUCGCGCCCGGCCAGGCCGUGACCUUCACCGUCUACGAAUUCCUCAAGGAGAAGCUCGAGAAGAGCGGGCCGGCGAUCCUUACGGGUGGAAGGUACGAGGAGUGAACAAAACAAUAUUACAAUCCUUACAAAAAGAGGGGAAAAAAAAAACACCACCCAGCACCCAUCAUCACUUCCUGACUCCCCCGCACUCUCUCUUCCCCCGACUUCCCUCCUCGUGUGCGUGUGGCGCACCAUCCGGAAUUGCCUUGUUCGUCUUGUACAUACAUACGUACUCAUGGCAAGUGGGGCGGGCAUAAAUAUGGGUUUGACAGAGCGAUCCCGGUGCUUCCUGCAUUGGCUUGUUUGAUUUUUUCCUUUUUUCUUUUUUAAAUUUCCUGGUUUUUUUCCUCGAAUUAUGGUUAUGCUGAUAUCUCUCGUUUUCUUCUCUUGCUCCUCCGUGUCUAGCAGCCGCGAUCGGGAAUUUGAUAGCAUGAAGGCCAAAGCUUGAACACCACGUCACGACGGGGAUCGAGGAGAACAGGAGAGGGGAUGGAUGAUGGGGGGAUAGAUCAGAGGCCGAGAUUUGGGAAACGAAAAUAGACGGGGCUCCAAGGGUAGAGUUGGGAUCCACGGUG